CCCGGAGGUGGCAGCAGUGAUGGCGUCCGGUUCGCUUCGCUUGCAGAGGAAUAUGGUGCUGCCGACUGGGAGGCACAGCGCCUCUCUGAUCUUCCUGCACGGUUCAGGUGACUGUGGACAAGGACUGAGAAAGUGGAUCAAGCAAGUUUUAGCACAAGAUUUAACAUUCCAACACAUAAAAAUUAUUUAUCCAACAGCUCCUUCCAGGCCAUAUACCCCUUUGAAAGGAGGACUCUCCAAUGUGUGGUUCGACAGAUUUAAAAUAUCCAAUGACUGCCCCGAACACCUAGACUCCAUUGAUGCAACGUGUCAUAUGCUCACAGAGUUGAUUGACGAUGAAGUAAAAAGUGGCAUCAGUAAAAACAGGAUACUGGUAGGAGGAUUUUCUAUGGGAGGAUGCAUGGCAAUGCACUUAGCAUAUAGAAAGCAUCCAGAUGUGGCGGGAGUGUUUGCUCUUUCUAGUUUUCUGAAUAAAGCAUCUGCUGUCUAUCAGGCGCUUCAGAAAGCGGAUGGUGUGCUUCCUGAAUUAUUCCAGUGUCAUGGGACGGCUGAUGAGCUGGUCCUUCAUUCUUGGGGGGAAGAGACAAACUGGGUGUUACGGUCUCUCGGAGUAAAUUCGCAGUUUCAUAGUUUCCCAGGUGUUUACCAUGAGCUAAGCAAAACUGAGCUGGAGAAACUGAAGUCAUGGAUUCUCAACAAGCUACCAGGAGAUAUGGGAAAAUAAAAUGAAUGACUCAAAAAUGAUUUGUUAAUAUCUUUGUAAUGCUUUUCUGAAAUGUGAUCUUUACUGCCAAAUUAUAGUUUCAGAAAUGAUCAUUAAAUAUUAAGAUGAAUCUGCAA